GCAGCAGCUACAAGAACCAUGCAGCCCCCAUCAUAGCUUGCUUGCACUUUUUUCACACUCUUCCAUCUCAACAUGGGCUUUCUCGAUAAACUCAAAGACAUCUCCAAGCCCACUUCUUCGGGCCAGCAGCACUUCCAGCCCGCCCCCAGCGCCCUGCCCCUCGAGCAAUCGAUCAAGCGCUACCGGAAACAGCGCGGGGUCAACCUCGGCUCAUGGUUCACCACCGAGGACUGGCUCGCCACCGAGCUGUACAAACAUGCCCUUGAGCCCCGGGGCAGCGACUAUGACCUGGCACGCGCGCCCAAUGCCAAGGCGUUGAUGGAGCAUCACUGGGACACAUGGAUCACUGAUGCCGACUGGGAGUGGAUCAGGAGUAGGGGCUUCAACAGCGUUCGCCUUCCGAUUGGAUACUACCACCUCGCCGGGGUGUGCCCGGAUGUUCUGAAGGGGACGGACUAUGCGCCCUACGCAGCCGUGUAUGAAGGCGCUUGGCCGAGGAUCCUCAAUGCCAUCGAGACAGCUGGGCGGUACGGGCUUGGUGUGCUUGUCGACUUGCACGCCGCUGCGGGCGCCCAGAACACAGACGGCCACUCGGGAAUGUCAAAGGGCAAGGUCAAUUUCUGGGACAAGUCGAAUCUGAAAUCCACAGCGCUCGCGCUGCGAUUCCUCGCCUCGACGCUCGCCCCCAACCCCAACGUAAUCGGGCUCGAGCUUCUCAACGAGCCCAAGAACGAUAACCGGCUACAGGGGUGGUAUGAGCGGACGCUAGACGAGCUGCGCCCUCUCACCGGGCCCGACUUUCCGAUCUACGUGAGCGAUGCGUGGGACACGAACUGGUACUCGCAGUGGGCGGGGCGGCGGGGCGACUUUAUUGUUGUCGAUCACCAUCUCUACCGCUGUUUCACACCCGAAGACAAAGCGAUCGAUGGGCGCAGCCACGCUGCCAAGCUCGCGCACGAGUUUGCGCCCCAAUUCCUCCAGUGGUGCGGGCAGGCGCCUGUAGUUGUGGGCGAGUGGAGUGCGGGGCUCGACGACAGCUGCCUCCCGCCUGAUACGCCGGCGGGGGAGCGGGACGCGCAGAAGCGCGCGUGGGUCGCUGCUCAGAUGGACCUGUACGAGCGCUCGGCGGGAUACUGGUUCUGGACGCUCAAGACGGACCGGCCAUGGGACGCGGGCUGGUCGGCCUACAAUGCCGCGCAGGCUGAGAUCCUGCCCGCAUCCAUGGUGCGCCGGCACGGACAGGCUGACGCAGACGCCCACUGUGGAUACUGGGGUUCGCAUGGGGGCAACCCGAACGCGCAUGUGUUCAGCGCGGCAUUCUGCAGGGGGUGGGACGACGCCCUCAUGUUCCUCCAGAGCGAGGGGCAGGCCGAGCUCGGCUUUGUAGGGCACUGGAGCCGACGGCGGCGCGACGAGUUUGCGCAGAGCGGGCAGCUUGGCGACGCUGCCUGGCAGUGGGACCAUGGGUUUGCGCAGGGCGUGCAGGCUCUGACUUUGCAAGCACUGGGGUGA